UACGUAUUAAUUAAUGUGGACAAUGAGAGAACGGUUACGAUAAGCCACUUUGCGGAAAUUACCAAACUUCAGUUAUUGACGGUAAUUCAUGCUCAGGCAAAGGCUGCUAACAAUUUUUACGUGUCAAAUCAAAGCAACACAUGCAUCUGAUCACGAUACAAUUGUACAGUAAAAUCUUAUUCAUCUCAAGUUGUUUUGCUUGUGGACCAGCAUUUAUGUCUUUGGGACUGCUCCACUAUCCACAAUCAAUCAUCUUAAUUCUCUGAUGAAUCAUGAGUUUUUUCCACUUCAAAGAUACACGGAAUUUUUUUAUCGUAAUCGGCUUCCUACGAACGGUAUCCGCACAGAGCUCAGCUACUUACCCACCUUAUGUCGGUCUGGACAAUUACUCCAACACGGCUAGUGCCACGCUAUCACCAAGUACUACCGGAAACCCGUCAAAUGGUUUCUGUGGAAUACCCAAUGCCGUUCGCGGGCAAAAUAUCGAUGUAGAUAAGAUGACGGGAAUAUGGUAUGGGUACGGGAACUGGUAUAUUGGAAUCGACCCCAACGGCAGUGUCGGUGCCGCCGUUAAUAAUAUCCAGUACUUCGAGAGUUUGGGGAACGGUUUAUUUCCAACAACCACAAUACCGGCUAGCAUUAUGUACCAGGAACAGUCUUUCUACUGGAACGCUACCGAUUCCACUUGUCAGUACAACCACGAAAUAUCGUACAUGACCAAUGAUGGACGACAGAUUGGGGUUUACUUCAAUCCGGUGGAUCCCGUUGUGCUGACAGAGACAGUUGGUGUUGACAACGCCAUUGUUCUGGCAACUGACUAUGACGUAUUUUCCCUGUUCUAUGUGUGCUAUCUAACCAAUACUACAACGGGAUUUUGUGUGCUACCGGACAUUUACAUCAACACGCGCAAGAAGGCACAAGACGUAACGGGAGCCGAAAAGCAGAAAAUGACCGAUGCAAUAAACAACGCACUCAAGCCUUUUUGUCUGGACAUCAGCGCUUUCCUUAUUCAAAUUUGGAUUGACAGUAAAGCCGAUUGUCCCCGAAUUAGUGGCUCGCCAUGCUUUCAAAACGUAGGAAAUGCGUUUUAUAAUACUGCGGAGACUUUCACGUAGUGUAAUAUUUCGUUUACAAACUUGGAAGACCAUGUAGCACAUUUGGAUUAGCUUUCGGUGCCGAAAUAUGCUCUGGUGCUUUAUCUAAAACCUAAUUUAUUGCAAGUUCCAUGUAUUUAUACGUUAACAACAAAGGAUGACCUUUGCA